AUGCCUGCCCGGACCAGGGCCACCUGGCGACAGAUCAUGACAGCGCCCCUCUGCUCCUGCUGCACAGCCGAGCGGCCGCGCGCGCAACUGCCCUGCGGCUGCCGACCGCCAGUGGUGUUCACGUUGGACGCAGUGGCGGUGGCGGCGGUGGAGUCCAUCCGGAAGCGGGCGGUCUGCGGUGGCCCCCGGUCCUCCGGGGGUCCCUCCCUGGACCACCCCGCCAGAGACAUUCUUCUGCUGCACCCCACUGGCCGCCUUUCCCUCUGCAUCGGCUCGCGGCAUGUGUGCAACGUGGCCGUCAAUCUGCGCGACCCCGGCCGCUUCGCGCGCUAUGCCCCGGUGGCCGGCGGCGGCGGCCGGGCCGAGGAGAGAGUGGCAGAGACGCCCCAGAAGACGAGGCACAGCUGGGGGGACUCGCCGGGGGGUCUCUCCGACUGUUCCAUGGACGAGGCCGGCAGCGCCGAGGGUGGCGGAGCCGUUUCUCCUGGGAGCGAAGGCGUUGUGUCGGGGCCUAAUGUGGCCGGCCUGGGGGACGCGCUGGAAGCGCCCCCGGAGAUCGUGGACCUGGCGGACGCUGUUGGGGACAGGGUCACAGUGAGUUUUGCCGACGGCCGCGCGGUGCGAGUAGCGCUGCCGUUCACACCGGUGCGGCCGCUGCCGGGACUGGCACUGGAGGCGCUUAAAGAGGCUCUGGACCCCCCUGUCUGGCACGCCCUCUUCUGCCGCUUCAUCACCUCCCCGGAAGUAGGGGCGUCGGCGGGGGAUGUGAAGAGAGAGUGGGAGGCCUUUGCUGCGCUGCUGCUGAGAUGGGCGCAAGACCCCGUGUCGCUGAGCGCCCCCCCGCUCCGGCAGCGGGGGGCCGGCGGUGGCGGCCGGGGGGACUACUCCGCCGCCGGGGGGACCUCCCAGUCCACCGACGCCACCACCGCGGCGACACCUGGCGGCAGCGUUGACUCCGGACCAUCCGCUGCCUGGGAGGCCCUUCUGCAGUCCAGUCAGCACAGGAAAAUUCUGCAAGAGCGGAGGUACCCAUGGCUGAGGGUGGGCGAGGGGGCUCAAAGGGUGCCAGCCGGGCGUGACUCAUCGACCACUUCUGCCGCCGCUGACAUCAGCGAGAGGCCUGAUGUCACUAAGGCGCUGCAAGCGCUGCAUGCUAUCUACGAGGACUUCAAGCUGGAUGUGCUGAGGUGGCACCUGCUGCCAAAAUUGGCGCGGCUGCUGUGCCAGCUGGCAUCCCUCCAGGGCGCUCGGCCCUACCUGGACCAUUAUCAGCGCGACAUGGGGCCAGGCAUCGCCUCUACAGACAUGCCCCUGCCCAGCAGUGCAGGCGGUAACAAAGCUGCCACAUCAGCGCAGCAGGAGCUCGGCCCAGUGGCGGACGUGCACAGGGCGUUGCAGGAGAUGCUGGCCGGCAGGGGCGAGGAAGCUUCCCGGUGGCUGCCGCCGCUGGCGCAGCUGCAGCGCAGCUGCGUGUCGCGCACUGCUGACGUGGCGGCCUUCUACCGCGACAUUGCCUUUGUUUCAGGGCAGUGCUGUCAGGAGCUCUGGAGCGAGCCAGGCAAGACCGGCAGCCAAUGUAACCUGCGCAGCAUCGUCAUCAGCGCCUGUGAGGGCAUUGCUCUGCUGCUGUGGCAACGGGGGUGGAGCUUGAGGGAUGUGGACAGCCUGCCAGUGGGCAUAGCCCUGCCCAUCCGAGAGGCCCUCCACCGAUGCCGAGCCGACCCGCCAGCAUGCUGGCCGCCCGCGGCAUACACCCUUGUGGGCAGGGCGGACCUCGCGGCGAUGGCAGCAGCAGGGUCUCAGCGCGACCCCGAGAACAACGAGGCCGGGGGUUCCAACACCGUUGGUGGCACUGCGCCUGUUCAGGCACCGGGGGCCGUCGGUGCUACAGGACUGGAUCUGCGCGCGGAGCAGGGCGGCCUUAGAGCCGGCCGAGUCCCUGCGCUGUCUCCCAUGUGGCAGCCGCAGCUGCGCACGCCGGCACCAGCCGCGCGCAGCCGCCUGAGCAUCGGCGGAGGUCCGGGCCCGGCCGAGGCGGCUUCCGCGGCGGCCGCCGCAGCUUCCCUUGCCGCCAUGGCAGCUUCCUCGGCAGCUGCUGCGGCCUCCACCUCUGCCACAGCUGGUGGCCCCAGGGAUCCCCCGCAGCGGCCCCCCUCUGCAUCUGCCCCCUCGCCCUCGACGCAGCCUGGAGACUUCUACAGACCCGCACCAGCCACACCCUACACUCAGCGGCUACUCAUACCCGGGCUGGCCGAGGAAGCAGUGGCGAAUGGGCGCCACAGGGACAGCUCGGUGGCGCAAAGCAGCGUCCCCACUGACGGCAUAGAGGGCCUCUUCGACGAUUGCGAGCUGCGAUUCGGCCGAGACAAGCGCCUCGCUGAGGUGCGGCGGCUGCUGGCGAGCAACGAGCCGACGGCGCUGCGCGUGGCGGCAGCGCCGGAGGCCGGGGAUCCGGAGCAGAUGCAGGCGCAGCAGGUGCGGCUGAUGGCGCUCGGCACCCGCACAAUGGCGCUCCCCUUCGGCCGCGCCGCGCUCACCCUCGGCACGAUGCGCCCGCUGCCGACAGAGCCGCUGCCAAUCCCGCCGUUGUGCCUUUCCGGUCGGCUUCCGGAGCAGCACAACGCGACUGUCAACCUAGAUCUCACGGCUUCGCAGCCGCCGCCGGGCGGCGGCGCGGCCGCGGAUAUCACCGCAUGGCCAGAGUUCCACAACGGCGUGGCUGCAGGGCUGCGCAUGGCGCCGGGCUGCACGCAGAUGACGCGGACGUGGAUUGUGUACAACAAACCCAAAGUCGCCUCCUACACCCACGCCGGCAUGAUCAUGGGCCUCGGCCUCACAUAUCACCUGGCGUGCUUGUCUGCCACGGAUCUGUUCAGCUACCUGAGCCAGUACCACGACGCCACCAUCAUGGCUGUACUCCUGGGCAUCGGCGCAGCCAAAGCAGGCAAGGCCACUAAUCAGCUUUUGUGCUUGCAUCCUCCUCACAGCUGCAUCGCACUUUGUCCUUUCGUUCCAUGGGAGACGAUAGAGAGCAUGCUGAAGGAGAUAGGGCGGCGGCCGGGGUCUCUAGAGGGAGGGGAUUUGGCUGGGGGAAUGAAGGAGGGAGGCCCGGUCUCAGAGGACCGCGAAGGAUACGCUCUGGCCGCCGGGCUGGCACUCGGAUUAGUCAGCCUCGGCAAGGGUCGCACGGCGAUUGGACUGUCUGACCUGCAAGUUGAAGACCGGCUGCGGUACUACAUGACGGGUGGCAACAAGAUGGGCGCCAGGGCGGCCGCUGACUCGCGCGCCGGUGCCGGCCCCGGCAUCGCCGGCUUCGACCCGACGUCCGGCGCCGAUCCGAUUUUUGCCGCGGCCGGCCGCGCCGAGGAGCAGCACCAGGCGCAACAGGCUACCUCCCAGGUGGUCCUGGAGGGCAAUUUGGUGAACAUGGACGUGACAUCACCGGCCGCCACGCUGGCGCUGGCACUGAUGUACCUGAAGACCAACGACGCGGCCAUCGCAGCCUCCUUCUUCGUGCCGGACACCCACUUCGCGCUGGACUAUGUCAAGCCGGAGUUUGUGCUGCUGCGAGUUCUGGCGCGGGGGCUGGUCAUGUGGGACAGUGUGCAGCCCACCAGGGAGUGGCUGCAGUCUCAGCUGCCGGACCUCAUCAAGGGGCCGGUGUCGGAGUACAUGUGCACUCCGGAGCAGGCGGCAGGGCUCAAUGCGAAGGCAGGCCACAAAGUGGAUCUUGAGGCGCUAGCGCAGGCGCACGUGAAUGCGAUUGCCGGAGCCUGUUUAGCCAUGGGGAUAAAAUUCGCCGGCAGCGCCAAUUCUGGCGUGCGCACCGUGCUCACAGAGAUGCUGCAUUACCUGCUCGCUGCCAAGAACGACGCCCCUGACAGCGCUGCAGGCGCGGCAGCGGCGUGGGGCCGGCUGGACAAAAUGGCGAUUGAGAACUGCAUCUGCACCAUAGCACUGGCACUCGCUGCGGUCAUGGCCGGCUCCGGGCAUCUGCAGACGCUGUGCCUCUUCCGAGGUCUGCUCAAGCGGCUGCAUCCGGUCACGUCCGCGGCGCCUGCGGGCCCUGCGCGAAAUUACGGCAGCCACAUGGCGCUCAGCAUGGCGAUCGGCUUUCUUUUUCUGGGCGGCGGAUCGCGCACGUUUGCCACGCAUGACUCAGCGGCCGCCGCGUUAGUCAUCGCGCUGUACCCCCGCUUCCCGGCCUCCACCAUGGACCACCGCUGCCACCUGCAGGCAUUCCGCCACCUGUACGUGCUGGCCUCAGAGCCUCGCUGCGUUGACGCGAUCGACGUGCACACGCAUGAGAGCGUCUACGUACCCCUCUCCAUCCGCUCGCGCCCCUUUUCGUCCCCUUUGGUCAGGGGAGCGAACCCUAGCCCCGGCACCGGCGUGCGCAUCCGCCACGAAGACCUGCUUGACAUGGAGUCUGCAGAGCUGAGGAGGGAUCUAUGGAACGUGGAAGAAAUGGUGCCGAGCACCUCAGGGCGCGGUGGGGAUGCAGACGGCGCUGCCAAGGCAAUGGCUGUCAGGAAGACUGCACCUUGCCUGCUGCCAGAACAAGACCAGGUGGAGGAGCUGCAGGUGUGCGGGCCGAGGUACUGGCAGCAGCGGCUGGCGGUGGGCAGCGGGGGGUCCGGCGGGGGGCCCCUGGCAAGCCUGUUCAGGACGCGCACGCUGUUUGUGCAGCGCAAGAGCGGCGCUCUGUCGUACAUGCACGACCCCUCCGGCGUGCGCAGCCUGCUGUCACAUGCCCUGGAUGAGGGUUCCGGCCCUGGCGCCAACGGCUUUGAUCUGGUGCACCUGUGCUCCACUUUCGCGGCCAACCCAUUUGUGAUGGCGUUCGCCCAGCGGCUGGCUUCAGGCACAAGCGCAUCAGCCACCCCUCCUAACACUUCCCCUGCAGACACGGCUGCCACGGAGUUCCACAGCUUCUGCCGCAGCUGCCUGCGCGAGUGCAUCGCUGAGGACAAGUCUGCAGCGCUUGGGAGUUACCUGUUCCUGUACAGCCUGGUGGACAUCCUGACUGGCACCCCCAGUGAAUCAUCGGCCAACAAGCCAGGGGUGGAGGGUGCAUGGGGAUUGAGGGCGUUGGCAGGAGGAAUAGGCCCGACAGUGCCCCUUUGGAGCCUCAAGCUGGCGCUGGCCUACCACAGCAGCGGCAUGAGCCUGGCGUGCUCACACAUCGCACGCCACCAAAGUGGCAGAGAUGGGGCCAAUGGGGAGGGUGAGUGGAGGCCGCUACUGCGUCCAGCGUUUCUGGAGUCUCUGUGGCAGAGGGUGACUCAGCAGUGGGCAGCUGCGGGGCACCUACCUAGCGGCGCCAGUCCUGCGGCGUUCCCGUCGCAGCUGCUGCAGGGAUACAUCCAGUCGGGGGCGUUCCCGGCACCGGACGGCGCAGGCCGCUCUGCAUGCGCGCUGGAUCUCUUUGGCGCAUUCCUGGCGCUGAUGCAGUUCCCGGAUCCCCAGGCGGCAGCUUCCGCGGUGCAGGAAGCUGCUGAGGCGGCGGCGGUUGCCAAUGCAUUGGCAGCGGGCACACCAGCAAAGCGACGCAGGUCUGCGUCCUCGUCCGCAAGCGCGCUGAUGUCAGCACAGCAUGCAGCUCUGGCUGUCGCGCCUGUUCUGGCCGCCAGCCUGCCAGGCACACCCCCGGAGACCGUGGCCCUCCUUGCAGCCUGCCUCCCUUGA